CCUGGAGCAAACUACAGCAGAGCAGCAUAGUCUCGUCUCGUCUCGUCUCUCAGCGCACAAGUCGGCUGCCUUUGGGAUCUGCGCUCACUCGUACCCAAAUUAUUCCCCUCAUUUUGCAUCAUCACUAGGCAGCCCAAAUCCUGCUGGCUCUCUUGACGACUCAAGCAGGAGCAGCAGCAACCCACUUGAUCAACAAUUCACAAGGAUACAGCAAGUACACUACUCCUAAAAAGUUUGGGCUAUUCGGCGUACAGAUUAGUGUGAAGCACAAGGAAGAGAACUCGUGUCUUUGGCUGAACUGAUCUUGGAGGUUUGGACUGAAUUUCCUCCUCCUAAACCGCUGGGCCAGUCGUGAACCUCAAUAACUUCCUCUAUCACAACAAACCCUUGAGAAAAGGGUUUUUAUUUAAAAAAAAAGAAGGAAAAAAAACCCUUUGGCCAACCUUUGGAUCCUUCAAUUGAACAACAGAGUGAGCACUUUUGAAGUCACAGUCUUGAGCAAGUUGCAAACUCAUCGUUGUGCGACUGUCCGUGCGUGAACUUGCAGCUGACAACAUGGCAAAGAAGAACCAAAAGGACACCUCGGGGGUGGUAUUUGACACCCGCUCAAAGAUGGUCAUGUCCCAGGGAGGGCCACCGGAAAGGAUGAAAGAGAAGAUCAGCGCCGUCAGGGCGGUUGUCCCCAACAAAAGCAACAAUGAGAUUGUUCUGGUGUUGCAGCAUUUUGAGAACUGCGUUGACAAGGCUGUUCAAGCGUUCUUAGAAGGGAGUGCAGUGGAGAUCCUGAAGGAGUGGAGUGUCACUGGCAAAAAAAAGCCCAAUAAGAAAAAGAAGCCCAAGCCCCAGCCGGAGGCCUCAGCAGAACCAGGCCCAUCUGAGGCCACGCCACUUGAGGAAAGCAAGGACAAGACCAACGGCUUCCACCCCAAUGGCUUAUUGGUGGAGGGGGAGUCACUUGACUCGCUGAGUGAACACCUGGACUCAGCCUCUGUGGACGCAUCGGAGCUUGACUCUGAACUAACCACAUCCGAAACCACUGGUGCAAAAGCAGCGAGUCCGCCCUCUCAGCCAGCACAGAGUUCCCACGAGGGUGUCAGAGGCAGCAAAGCACGAGAUUCACAGCGUCAAAACUCCUCCUUGGCACUCCCCGAUGGACAAAGUCAGCAACGAUCGUUUGCAGGAAAGAAGAUUGCCCCCAACAUCGACCGCUCCGUGAAGGAUCUGCAACGAUGCACCGCUUCGCUGACUCGCUACAGGAUGUUGGUGAAGGAGGAGAUGGACUCAUCUCUCAAGAAGAUGAAGCAGACAUUUGCUGAGCUACAGACCACCCUAAUGGACAGAGAAGUGACAUUGCUGGGUGAAAUGGACAAAGUGAAAGCAGAGGCCAUGUCGAGUUUGAACGCUCGACAGAAGAGAGCCGAGGAGCUGCGCAGGCUGACAGACCAAUCGGCGUCCAUGUCCGAAGAGCAGCUGACUGAACUGCGGGCUGACAUCAAGCACUUUGUGAGCGAGCGGAAAUAUGAUGAGGAUCUCGGCAAAGCUGUCAGAUUUACAUUCGAUCUGGAGCCGCUGAAGACGAGCAUCACGCAAUUUGGAUCUGUUUACCACCCCCGGACGGGUUACUCUGAUCGGUCCCGUUGCAGCUCCACGUCCUCCUCAGUGGCCAACCCAAGUAUUGUGGAAGCCCCUCCACCCACUCAGACCCAAAGCCCCACCAGCCAGUUCCGACCCCCACCGGCCAAACAGAUAUUCCAAGGCAACCGCCGCACUUUCCAGGGACAGGGUUAUCAAUCCGGCGGCCAGCGCUACAACAGCGGCUCCAACCAUGAUCGAAACCCCGGACGCCCUGAUCACCGCUACCGCAGUGGCGACGGCGGGCCUGCCAACAGCUAUCGAGGCGCCUCCCAAGGCGGCGCCUCCUCCUCUUCCUCGUCGGCCACUAACCAAAGCCGAGCUUCACACAACGGUCUCCCUCAAAGGCUUCCGCGGAUGCCCUGCCCGUAGAUUGCAGGAAUCCCUCUGCUCACUCAAAGCCCCUUUACUUAUUUAACUUGCACUCCCCGACCCCACCACCGAUUCUAGCCUGCCAUCCUGAAAAGAAGUUUACAUAUUUUCAUCAUUCCCUUUACACCGAUCCGUUCAUCCUUCACACUUGAACAGCUCUCGUGCAUCGUGGGUUAGAGUAGUUGAUGUAGGCUUCUCCCUUCCACUUGUGAGCCCUGGUGCACUGUGGAAGUGGAACUCUUUUCCCUAUUUUGUUUUCUUGUCCCCGUUCCAUAAAUAACAGUAUCGUUUAAAGGAAGCUUAUGGCACUAUUGCCCAGGUGCGCCAAACCCUGAGAAAACUAACGCAUUAGCUUUAGCUCCCUAGUAGCCAACUACAGUAGUUUGUUGCUGAGCUACUCUAAUUAGCUAGAUCAGUUUUUCCCAACCUUUAUUGAGCCAAGGCACAUAUUUUACACAGGAAAAAAAUUCACGGCACAUCACCAAACAAAAAUGUUGCACAAAUUAUAUAUAAACUUCAGUAAUCAAUUUACUCACAAAUUUCCAUUUGACCUGUUGAACACAAAGCUCUGUUGUAUAAAUGACAACAAGUGGAUACAACAAUUAUUUUAACCUUCUGCCAUCCAGUGAAGCAGCAGUUAAGUAUUCCACCUGUCACUAUAAGUCACUGGCAUAGAUAAUGAGCAAAGCUAAGUAAGAGUGAACCUCUGAAUAUUCGUGGCUUGGCAGUUGCAAAUUUGCAUUCGAACCAAUCCUGUUAUUCCUUGAUGUUUUUGUGCUCAGGCCAAAGCAAAAACCUUACUUUCCUGCCAUCUUGUGGCAUCUUUGUUCCGAGGGACUAUGUUGGAGUGAAUUGAGGAGCUUCACUCAGACAAGCGUGUCACGUAGGCAGUUAUAAAUCUUUUUUUUUUGGGGGGGGGGGGGGCAGUUAUUCACGGAUUUUUGCUAUUUGGGUUAAAAAAAAAUGUAUAUGUAGAAUUUUCAGACUGAUUUAAGCUAAAUUGGAUGAUUUUCCACAGCACACCUGAUCUGUGUAGUUGGGAAACACUGAGCUCCAAUGCAGCGAGAAAUGAAAUGACCCCUUAGCAAGUGUCCCCUCCUGCUGAAAUGUGAUGCCAUUAAUUGGUUUGUAUGCGACUUGAGAGGGCUCAUUUUUGUUUUUUUGUAGAAUGAUUUAUAUAUAUAUAUAAAAAAAAAAUGAGGUGUCCAUUUUUUUUGGGGGGGGGGGGGGGGGGGCAUCUGACCAUCCCAACGGCCAACUUUCUUCCUUGUACGAUUUUGUUGUUGCCUUUUGUCAGACAGGCCUUUUUACACUUGCCUCUGUAGGAAAUGUGACGAUUUAGGGAGAGAAUUUUCAUGUAAAUGUAAGCAGAUAUGCAGCCCCCCCUCCCCGCUUUAUUAUUAUUAUUAUUUUAUUUUUUUUAAAACAUGCUCUCAUUAAUGUACCGCAUGAAUUUCACUGAGCUUCUCACUGUGUUGUCAGCAAAACAUGAAGGAAAAACAAAUCCAAUACCUCAUUUUGGAAGUUUGGUGUGGCCUGUAUCAAGCAAACCUUAGGAAUAUAUAAAUGGAAAAACUUCAUUUUCGUUCCCUUUUUUAUCGUAAGGUUUCUUUAUCUUUUAACCCCCCCCCCCCCAAAAAAAAAACAAAAACGUAAUUAUCACACUGUUGAGAAUAGUAUUAUUUGUUCACUGGGUUGCAGUGGAAUGAGCCAAGAAUCUUUUGACUUGAAAGAAAUUCUUUAGAAAAACAUGAAGCUACAGCUAGCGUUGGGUUAGCUUCCUAGUAAAAUAACGGGCAAGCCCAGCAGCUAACAUCUUCAAAGUUGACUGACGAUAUUUCUUGUUGCGUUCAUUGAUGGUCAACCCCCACACACACAUUUUCUGUACACGCGACAAGGAAUUAAUUAUACUGUAGUGUUUUACUACGUGAGCUUUAAAGAUGGUAGCAGCAACGUUUGCAUCAUGUAGCGGUCUUGGCGUUAAUAUAAUUAGCUAUUGUUUCCAAAACGCCAAACUAUUCAUCUUCUUGUGCUCACACACCUGGGUGAUGUCAUUCUCGCUGUUGGGUUAGUUAAAAUUUCAAAAGCAUGUCUUAAUUGUUUGUCGCAAGUUGUACGAAUAUUAGUUUAUCGCCAAAGACUUGUUUUAUCACAGUUCACCUAAUCCUUUCCUCAACAAAAAUAUCCACAGGGUUUUCUGAAACUAAAAUGUAUUUUAUUUUUCUUUUCUUGAAUCUCUUUGCUGUAUAUACAUGUAUGCAUUUUGUAUGUGAAUAUUCAUGUUAGGCAUAACGGUAAUCUAGUUGCUGCAAACUCAAGUGCCUUUUCUUCUUCUGCUAUCCCACCUUUUGUCUCCCCCACCCUCAAAAUCACAUCCACAGUGAAUGGACCAAAUUACUCUCCUCACCCCCCAAUGGCAUCAUUCAUUUUAUUACUAAUAAACCCUUUGCAAUAUCGA